AUGGAAACGUGUGUACUGAUUCCGCAGGAGUUUGCACUGGCCGUGACAGGUGUCGGUGCCCGCAACUCCAGGGAUCAAACGGCUACGGUUUGGUCCAAUUCGGCCAUCUCACAGGGAACGCUCUGUUAUCCCUUCCAAGGAACGGUUCGGAUCGACAAUCUGGACGUCUACAGCUACGUGGAUGAAGAUGAUAUUCGUCACCGCUUCGGGUUGUACGACGAAAUCACCACCGUCAACGGCAGACGCGUGCGGCACUGUAACUGGAUCCGCUUUCUGCGGGUGUCGGAAACCUACGGACCGCAGGUUAAUGUUGUUUGUGCCAAGGUGAAAGGGGAGCCAAUAUACGAGAUUGUAAAGCCAAUACCCUCGCACCAGGAACUGGUGGUGUACUAUUUGCCCGAAGGACCGGAGGAACUGUUUUUCAUCCGCAUGCGCAAUCAGCUGUACAGGCAAACGAUGGAUUCGAUACUUGAAGACUCCCCUCUAGACCUGUCGACAUCGCUGUUAUCGCGGGUGAUGCUCCCGAUCUCGCCACCAUCCGGUGCGGAGGACGAACGGAAGUCCGUCUCCGGUGACAGUUCGAUUUCGAUCUCGUCCGGUGCCAGCACUAGUGGCGGCGAUCUGGACAGCCACUCCAUUCCUCCGCCUCGAAGUUCACCGAAAGCACGGCCAUCGCGGGGUGAACGGGCGAUGCUACCGUGCGAGGUGUGUGGCAAAGCUUUCGACCGUCCUAGUCUGCUGAAAAGGCACAUGCGAACCCACACCGGCGAAAAACCGCACGUUUGUGGUGUGUGCGGGAAAGGAUUCAGUACCUCCAGUUCGUUGAAUACGCAUGUGCGAAUUCACAGCGGCGAGAAGCCACACCAGUGUCAGGUGUGUGGCAAGCGCUUCACCGCCAGCUCUAAUCUUUACUAUCACCGAAUGACGCAUAUCAAGGACAAACCACACAAGUGCAGUUUGUGCUCCAAAUCCUUCCCGACGCCCGGUGAUCUCAAAUCGCACAUGUACGUGCACAACGGCUCGUGGCCUUUCAAAUGUCACAUCUGCUCGCGAGGCUUCUCCAAACAGACGAAUCUGAAAAAUCACCUCUUCCUACACACUGGCGACAAACCACACGUCUGCGAGGUGUGCAACAAAUCCUUUGCGCUGGCGUGCAACCUAAAGGCGCACAUGAAAACGCACGAGGAGGGCGGCGGCUCCGGUUCGGUCGGACACGAGAGCGAAUCGCAGCGAGGAUGCCCCGGCAGCAGUCACAGCGAGGGCGAAGAGUCCAGCCCACCGUUAUCGUUCGAGAAGGCCGAGGAGCGGCUGAAUUUCUCCAAGCAUCUGCUGUUUUCCAACUACACCAAACAGAUGCUGUCCGGGGUCGGUUGA